GCCGCGGCUGCCGUUUCCCGCCUCGGAGAGCUCUAGGCGUGACAGGCGGAGGCGAAAGGAUGCCCUCAGCCAGGGGAGGGCCGGCGGGGACAGCAGCGGGGUUGUCUCCUCCUGGCCUGCUGUGCCGAGCAGGGGGCGUUCAGGUUCUGCAAGAAACGGGUUGUGAGAGAGUUGUUAGGUGACACAGUUGGACAGAGAAGCGUGGCUCAGGGAUUCACGACAAGUUAUUACUGGCUUAUGCUCAUUUAGAGUUUCUAUCACUCUGCCACCCCUUCCCUGCAGACUUUUACAAGAGAGCUGAUUUUCUCCCCCCUCGCUCGAAUCCUAGCUUGACAGUCUGAUAUGUUAGAGGCCGAAGCUGUCUGGGAGGAGCACACAACUUGAAGAUGAUCCGGAAAAACAGUUCUGCUAUUACUGCUGCCUCUAAGAGGGAUAAGGGGAAAGCACCGGCACCAGCCUGUAAGUGCACACAUCGGAAAUGUGAAGGUGGUGCUGAACCCAGAAGAACAACUUCCAGGAUGAAGCAAAAAGAGCAGGAAGAGAAAAGACAAACCAAAAAAACCCCAACUCAACCCAACAGUGGAGGAAGCCAAGGGAGACCGGAGGCUCAGAUCCAGGGUGUGUAGGCAGGUAUCCGAGCGGUUCUCAGAGAGGAUGUGCCACGCCAUCCUGGAGUGUGGACCCCAGCGUCGGGAAGAUGGUGACGGCCACAACACGGAAGAUACUCCUCUUCUGCCUGGCAUCCUGUAGUUCCAGUGUUGGGAUCGCCAAGUAAGAGUUGCCGUCUCAAGCCGUGGCAAAUUAUCAUUCAAAAUACAGUCAUGGGUUUUUCAAGAGAAGUCUUUCGGCCUGUAGUACUGCCAACCUGUUAAUUUCUCAGAAGCCUUGAGUGUUUCUUAUCACUGUUUUGAAAAUGUUAACAAGCUGUUUUAGGUCAUCUCCUCAUUGCUGGCUUUUGCUUUUAUAAACUAUUUCUUGUAACAAACUUUCAUAUGACAGACCGUUACCUUGAUAAUGGCACAGUUUCUUGACGACAGCACUCUCGCCUCUCUUGAGUUCUCAAGCUGGAAUGUUCUGUGUCUACUGAGCUGUGCUGCAAAAGCUGGAUACUUCAGUUCAGGACCAAAGCGCUUUGUCAGCUUGAGGGCCCUUUCAGAGCUUGCUCCGCAGUUUGGGUUGAAGAGGGAUGAAUACUGUCAGGCCGCACCAUUGCUCAAGCACUUUUCGUGGUUCCCCUGUGACAUUUGUGGUAGUCGCUCUUCCAAAACCUUCAAACCAAAGAAGAAUAUUCCAGAGGGGUCUCACCAGUACGAGCUGCUAAAACAUGCCGAAGCCACGCUUGGAAGCGGUAAUCUCCGGAUGGCUGUUAUGCUUCCGGAGGGUGAAGACUUAAAUGAAUGGGUUGCGGUUAACACUGUCGACUUCUUCAACCAGAUCAAUAUGCUUUAUGGAACCAUUACGGACUUCUGCACAGAGGAGAGCUGCCCUGUGAUGUCUGCUGGCCCAAAAUAUGAGUACCACUGGGCAGAUGGGACAAACAUAAAGAAACCAAUUAAGUGCUCUGCACCAAAGUACAUUGAUUACCUGAUGACUUGGGUCCAGGAUCAGCUGGAUGAUGAAACGCUAUUUCCUUCUAAAAUAGGUGUACCGUUCCCAAAGAAUUUCAUGUCAGUGGCAAAGACAAUUUUAAAGCGUCUCUUCAGAGUUUAUGCUCACAUUUAUCACCAGCACUUUGAUCCAGUGAUCCAGCUACAGGAAGAGGCACACCUUAACACUUCUUUCAAGCACUUUAUAUUUUUUGUUCAGGAAUUCAACCUUAUUGAUAGAAGAGAACUUGCACCACUUCAAGAACUGAUUGAAAAACUCACCUCUAAGGACAGAUAAAAGGAAGAGGAUUUCUUGAAGUCACUUGUUUCUUUAAGCAAGCGUGUGGUAUUUGUUUUUUGUUCGUUUGUUUUUUUAAAAAACAAAAACCUGUGCUGUUACUAAUGACAGCCAAGAUCUACUUUCUGUGCUUUUAUUAGGGGAAAUCUUAUCUGUUAGUGACACGCGGCAAAUAGGUUUUUUUUUUUUUUGAUUGUUGUUACUCAUUGUGGAAUUUUAGCAGAUGCUGAGCAUUUAUAAAUGAAAUGUGCUUGGUUGGGGGAUUGACUCUGCUGGUGGAUGGGUUCUUGUAUUGUGUCAGUGGUUGCCCAUUCUCAUGAAGUCCCUAGAAGACUUGCUUACGUUCUCUAAGUGCCUUGGCAGACUCGCUUCUGAGGUGCAAAGCACAUACAAUACUGAACAUUGCUGGAAACAGGAACUAUGAACUAACACCCAGGACACUUACUGAUACUUGUUUUAGAAAAAUAUAUAUAUGCUUACACUAAAAAAAGCCAUAACUUACUGAAAUCUAUGAUCUCCAGCUUUUAAUACAAAUACUUGUCUUAUUUUUUUAGAGAUUAAUAUAGGAUUUUUCAAAACUAGAUAAUUUCUUACAAAGAAAAGUAAUGGCGAAGUUCUAGUCGCUCAAGCGAAACGAUGAAGGUGCUGUCAAAAUGACAACCUGUGCUUAGCAAGUAGCUAUAUGUCUGUUGCCAUUGGGUUUGGCUUUUCGUAGCUGCUUUUAUUUUUUUAACAGGGAAGCAACAACUUGGGUCGGUCACUUUUGUGAAAUUUCCUAGCAUUUGCCAAAUGAAUGGUUCGUUUGCACGAAUACAGUUAGGGAAAGUAGUCAAUAUUAAAAAAAAAAAAAAGCACUGGGGUAAGACAAAGAAAAACCUGGCUUGAAAAGUAACUAGCGAAUUGAUGUUUGUAAGUUGUGAAUAAGAAGCCUGGCUCUGUGGAGGAGCUCUGGUGGCCAGUGUUUUCUGUGGCAGGGAACGUAGCUUGGAGGGAAUGUAAUUUCAUGGACCACUUCGGAUGUACGUUAGCGUGAUGGUGUUCUCCCCCAUUUCAAAAUGCAGCCCAUCUCCAAGGAACUAGAGCAGUUGGGACAAGUAAUAGGAACAUACCAAUGAAGUUUUAGUGGUUUGCAAUUUGGUCCAUCGUGUGUUUCUGAGAAAACCUAACCUAACUGUGGCCUUCCCCCACGCCUCUCUAGCCUUGUGUUUUCUCAAACCAGAAAAGAGAAUCGCCUGCGAGAUGUUAACCUCUGGGGUGAUCUGCAUGCGAUGACGUGGAAAUUUCUGCUCCAGCUGUACUGGUCAGGUUUCCCCCUGCAGAAGCCCGUAUGACUAGCUCUCUUGUUUGUUUAUGGAUCUUCUUUAGGUUCUGCAGCGUGCUCUCCCGCGAUGUCACCGGUUGCCAAAUGCAGUGCACUAGGUGGUUAACGUUGCCGGGGUCGGCUAGAUUGUCGUGCCGCAAACCCUCCCCAUUUGUAGACCUGAAUAACCUGAAGACCUUGACUGAGUGCUGUACGCUAGUCUGGCUCUUGAACCUCUCAAAUUUACAGGGGAAGCCAAGGUUAGCAUGCGACAGAAAACUCGAGCUUACGUUUUGUGCGCCUUUGCUUGACUGAAAAUGCUGAGUAAAUGGGAAAACACUGUGCAGCAGCCUGCAAAAUUUCUAAGUGGCUAUUAGUGUGGCCAGCUAAUAAACGUCUAAGCACAGUAAUAAACCUACGCUCAUUUGGGAGACUAGAAUGACUACUUCUGAGUUAAAAUGAUGUAUGUCGGAAGCAUCUGAAGGAUAGUUUAAGAACUACGUUACCUUCAGUGGAGUUAAAUUUCCUAGUCUGCUUGAACUGCUUCCUGGAGAAGCAAUUGAAUGUUUUGUUACCUCUUCUGUCUUUCCCCCACCUCGAAAAGUCUUGAGAACAAUUGAGAAAACCUAGUAUUGAGCUAGAAACUGGCACUGUGUACUUACUUCACUGCUGCUUAUUUAGAAAUGGAGACACGGAGCGUUGCCUAGAAAACGUAGCAUGUGUUGGGCUCCUUUGCAGAUCAGUGUCACUGCCCAUUAGAAUCUGCUCAAAGGACAAGUGAUAUUUUCAAUUAUCCUUAUGUUUUGUUUUUUUUUUUUUAAUGUCCUGCAGAAUUACCAAGUUUUCUUAAUGUGUGGAUGUCAAAGGAAAGGUCUUUUAUGCUGUGUUUUCCUCAGCAGUAGGGUGCAAUGCUAGCCUCUGGUGCAGGGUUGGGGGGUUCUCAUAGCUCAGGACUGAGUAACGCAGAAGACCGUCGUCUUUUCAGAGUUACGGGAGCGGUCGGCGUCCACCUGACUAUGCAAAAGCAGCUUAGCUCCCAAAUUUGAACUGCACUAUUUUAAACAGAAUUCGGUCAUGCAGGAAGCUGAUUUUAAGAACGUGAUCUUACACACACAGCUUUUUAUGUGUGCUUCUGUCUGACGAGAGUCUAAUGACUGCAAAUUUCCAGCUACAGAGGCGUGAAGAGCGCCGCAGAUGCGGUUUGAUAUUAAAAAUCCUGUAAACUUUCUAAUGAAAACCAACUUUGCUGAGUUGAGUCAGCGCUGCUAAGAGGCCGCGGGUGCACGUUCACUUACCAGAGAGGAGCCUUUUAACCGUGCUAGAGCUCGUGCUAUCACAGUUACAUUUUUGUUUUUAAAUAGCCAAUUCUAGAAAGUCAGAGACAUCUGCUGCAGUUCAGCCAAUAAGAAUUAGAAUGUAUUACAUAAAAACCCUACUUUUAUGUGGAUAGUGUAUUUUUUGUACUUAGUAUCUGGCAGUGGAACACACUUUUACAGAGUAGUUUCUAGGAAUGUAAUAAAAGCUUGGAGAUCAUGAUUUGCCUGACAGCUGUAUGAACACAUUGUUUAAUUAUUCAGCACUUGAAAACAACAAUAUUAAAGCUAUGUAUGCGGUGUUUGGGAUUUAGUAUCCCUAUGCUGUUUAUACUUGCAGCUUUUAAUUGUUUUUUUGCUUCCAAAAGAUGUGGGACCAGAAGUUGAUGUGUGUUUACACUCUUGAAGUAAGGGCAGGUUGGAAUGCUAAACACAAGUUGCCAUGUUGUACAAACCGAACCUGGAUCGAGCGAAUGUGUUGAUAAAAUAGUGCAUUUGUUGGGGGCAAGGCGGAGGACACCCCUCUUCCCCCAAAUAAAACCCAGAGAAACGAACCCUGAACAAACCCCACGUUACCAAAGGACUCUGUUAGGUGUCGCGAGCGCCUGGAGACAAAAACUUUCGGCUUUGUUGUCAUCGGGAGCGGAAGGUGCCGGUGGGGUUAAAGCAGGCUGGGCCGCCAGUGUAACAGGGUCCUAAAAUUCCGUGGUUCGGGGUGGUUUUCAGCUCCCAGCGUGUUAAACCGUGUCAGUGAUUUGGGUGGUAACUUCAGGAGGUCAUCUACCUCGAGAUGGGAUGGGGCAAACCCUGCUAGGUUCAUACAGUUCUGGCAUCGUUGCCGACGUUGACGCUGUUUAGAUGGCGUGGAUACGUGAUGUGCGCAAAAAUAGUUUUUCGAGCCUUUCAAAUUGAAGUCAGGGAUACAAGUUAAUCAUGCAAAUAGAAAAUAAACCCGCCACAUUCUGCUGUCGCAGGUAGCCGAAGGGUAGAUGGAGAAAACAGGUUUCAAGGAGCAGGUGGCCCGCCUGCAAGUAUCAAGUUUCUUUUACUGCUUACUAUGCAAUGUAGAGCUUUGAAGUUCCGCUUUUACUUUACAAUAUAGAGGAGCACUGUCCUUACUCAGUAUUUGGGAACUGAACACUCUCCCUGACACUCACUUAACAGGUAAGGAUACCUAUUUGCUGCUAUGGACUUUACUUACCUUUCAGAUAAUUCCUUUCUGUUUCUCGCCCCCCCUCCCUUUCUCUUGGAUCGCCAGACCCAGUUUCACUAUAAACACAUCCUUUUUGGAUAGUUGUUCUUUUUUUUGCGCCCCUCUCCCCACUUCCUACCUGCCAGAGUGCUGUAUUACUGUAUAUAACCUGCCCCCUUUCAGUUGGAGUAUUUAAAAAGCUGCAGCGCGAACACAGACUCCGUGCUCUUCUUUCACGAAAAGAUUGCCCGUUACUCUGAAUCUUGUUUCCUUCGCUGCUGAUAGGAGUUGGGUUUUUUGGUUGGUUUUUUUUUUUUUUUUUUUUUCAAACUGCACUACUAAAACCACUAGCAGUUUUCUGGAUGCCUGUCGUCUUUUCCUGGAUAUCUUCUCUUGUAAGGCGAGACUAACAUUGGUUAUUAUAAGUGUUAAACCUUUUUAUUUUCCCAUUUUUCUUAGAAUUUCCUCUUGCCAGGUUAAGAUUACAGUCUAGGUAAAUAUCAGAGUACGCUUUUGUUCGAAGAACCAAUUCUCUAAAUUGUUCAUAGAGUAUUGUAUUUUUAGGGGAAAUUAAUUUUUAUAGCCACUAAACUAUACUCAUUAUUUUUGUACGUUUGCAAUUUCUGACAUUUUUCAGAGACGUGUCGUGGAGGGAACGCUUAUUUUCAUGGCUGUUUUACUACUUGGGUAUGCUGUGGUUGUGUUGCUUAGUACCUAGAAGCACAUACCUCGAUGCGCAAUGGAAGAGAGAGGAGAACGCAAUAAAAGUGAAAUGAGGUUUCAGUAAAAGACCAUUUCUGAAUGAAAAAAGUAAAAAAAGAUAUUACGAAAGCAACACUAACCUUUCCUCCUCCUUGAGAAUCUUAAAAUAUAUGGGAGAAAAUGCAGUGUAAAAUGUAAAAUGCAAGAUGAGAACCCUUACUGUAAGCUAACUGUGCCAAUAUCGCUUCAGUUUGUAGUCACUGAUUGAUAUUUUAGUUUUAAUAAACUAAACAGCUUUUGAUUAAAAACAGAAAAAACAAGUUGAAUGUCUGAAAAAUCUGCAACGUGUUUAUUUGAGAGUUGUAAAUAAUGUAUACAGAUUGUUGUAUGUGAUGGGACAAAAUAUUUAAAUUCUAGGUUUUUUUCAAUAAGAAACUGAAGGCUGUUUAUAAGAGAAAAUAAAUAGCUAUGUUUGACCAUGA